CACAAUCCCUUAUAUGCACGUGCGUAUAAAGUACCUCGCGUAAUCUUUCAUUGGAUAACAGGGUACCUUUAAACAACUAGCAGAGCUUGCCAGACCAUCAUCACUCAAUCAUGCCGCUGUCCGAUGAGUCACUCUCCCGUCACAGAUUAUGGCCCUCAGUCGAAGGGAUGUGAUCCUAGCAGCUAUCGUGAGCUUCGUCGUGUGGGGAUAUGCUAUUGAUUGGGUACCAACGUUGCGCUGGGCUGGAUACGCUUUUGUGGUGGGCCUGGUGCUGCCCGCUGUAGGGUUGGUCGCAGUCCUGGUACUCAACUCCAGAGGCAGCAAGUAUGGAGAAAGAAACGAUAUACGACGUCCGAGGGGGGUGGCCUUCCUGACAGGGACAUCAUGGAAGAAGGAAACCACUCUGCUGCGGGCCCGACAAACAUACGAGAAGCAGCCCCUCUACCCCGAGUCCUUCCUCGUCUCGAAUGCGCUGGACGACCUCUUAGGAUUGAUUAUACGGGACUUUGUCAAUUCCUGGUAUUCAAAUAUUAGCAAAAACCCUGUGUUCACAAAUGAGGUGGACAAGACAAUCCGACUUGCGUUAGCAAGUCUUCGAGACGAAUUGCUGGCCAUAGACUUCACGGAAAUGGUCACCACACGAUUCGUACCGAUUCUCACAGCACACUUCAAGGAUUUCUAUGAUGCCGAGAGAGCUGUACGAGGGAAGGACCUGAAUCGCAGCGUCACGGAGUCGGAGGAGCUGGAUCUUGCAAUUGCUGCGAAGUAUAGGGAAGGAAAGCUGCACCCUGCGGCAUCUUUGGCAUACUCGGACACGAAAUUGGUCCAGCAAAAGUAUUUGAGGAAAAUCAUAAAAGGAUUACUGCCGAGAUUAUUGCCAGAUUCUGUUCUAGCAAGUCGUGCUGUUGGAGUGCUCGUUCAGGAACUGGUUGCUUGUGCAGUUCUGACCCCAGUGAUGGGUAUGCUGUCUGACCCAGAUACGUGGAACCAGCUCAUGGAAGCCUAUGGACGGUCUAUGCUACAGGAUCGAUCAACAGUGCGAAAACUUCGAGCUGCCCUUGAUGAGCAUGCUUCACCCGCUCCAAAGUUGAAAAGGGCUGCAUAUCCCAGGAUUUCUCCAGGUGAUCAUGAGCGGAGAUUUGAGAAGUUUGUACGUGCUAUCAGAAAGGUCAAUAACCUCUCGGAUGCAAGGAGGUUUCGAAGCGAAAUCUCUAGCCAACUUAGGAGAGAUGCUUUGCAAGAAGGUCAAGAUCCUGUAUAUUUGCGUCGGUUAGACAUUGGAAAGCGAAUUGCAGAUCAACGCGUCAAUCAACUUGCUGCUGGGGGCGAGGCAUCUCACAUUGGAAAUGGUGCUGGACGCAGCAAUGGCUCACAAGUUUCCAAGCUUGAGACGGCUUCCCUGGUAGAACUGCUACACGACCCCUCGGGACUUUCAUAUUUUAUGGAGUACAUGGAUAGGCAAAGGAUGAUGUCUAUGGUACAAUUCUGGAUUGUGGUUGAUGGAUUUCGAAACCCUCUCGAAGACGACAAUGCAGAAGAUGACGAGAUACCUACCACUCUUGCUCCGUGGACGGAAUCUGACCGAAACGAUCUUGCUCAGAUCAAUGAAGCAUAUCUGUCUAAACCAGAACUAAAAGUUCCUGAAAGCUCACGACAAGUAGUUCAGGAGUUUCUCAAAGCCGGUAAAGAUGCAACUCCAAGACAAUAUUUCCUAGCUCGCAGGGCUAUUCUACGAGCUCAGACAUCCGCCUUGGAAGUUAUGCAGUAUAAGCAUUUUCAGAAUUUCAAGAAGUCGGACCUCUUCUACAAGUGUUUGACAUCGCAGGAAGCCUCGAAACCCAUAUCCCAGCCAACAUCACCAUUAGGCCCAUCCAGAUCGGAAACCCUUCACAAACCACAAAUGCCACCACGUGCGAAUAGCUCGCAACCUUUUGCAACGAAACCACCACUGUCUAGAAUCACGUCUAAAUUAGUUCCCAAAAGAGGCGACCUUCGGCGUCAGGCUACUUCUUCAGUUGAUCUGACCAAUGCUGGCAAUGGAACAUUGGAUGGCACAAGUUCUAAUCGAGGGUCCGCCGACGAAGGGACUUCUCCAUUGUUUGAUGACGAAGAGUUCGAUAGCGAUGCGAUGGGCAAUUCAGUAGCAAGCUUGGAACCAGAACCAGAAAAUACUGGACCUGAUAAAAACGUUGUCCAGGCCAUGGAAGCAGCCCUGACAAACAUUAUGGAAGACAAACCCGAUGUUGAUACUCUUCGAAAGUCUCUUUUCGGUGACGACGAACAUUUGGACUCUCCAGCAGGCAGCAUAUUGUCGAAUGGCAAAGGUUCAACUAGAAGCUCCAUUGAUCACAAAAGGGCAGACUUGUUCGGUGAGAGAUCUGAGAGGGCUGAAAGGUCCGAAAGACCCGAGAAGCCCAGCAUUGCUUCCUUGGGACUAGUAAAUACAUCGUCUAGAAUAGGUGUGUUCACUGAUGAUGAUCUCUUCCCGGACGAAGAGAAAUUUCUUUCAGACGAACAUGAGGAUCCGGACGAAGGCAAAGCUGAAGAUGAUGUCGAAGACGAAGUACAUGAAGCAGCACCAGGCGAUUUAGGUCUAGCUGAAGCUAUCACCGCUCUGACAACCGACAUCGACAGGCUCGUAGCCCAAGAUGAAGUGGUUGACUCCUUAACAAGAAAGGCAGAGUUGACCAACAAUACCGCAGAACUACGAAUUCUCAAGAAGUCCAAGGCCAGCUUGCAACGAGAGAUUCGCCGGAAAGAGCUUCAACGACAGCAGUAUGUUGUCCAAGAAAGUGAUAACAGCCUGUAUGGUCGAUCGACCAUCAAGAUCAAGUCAAUCAUGGUUGGCAAAGAAGAUGAUGGAAGAGAAUACGCGGUUUAUGUUGUUGAAGUCCAUCGAAAAGCAGGCGAGCAGAUGCCAGCAGCAACUUGGACUAUCACUCGCCGAUAUAGCGAGUUCCACGAUCUCCACCAGCGUUUACGAACAAAAUAUCCGUCAGUACGACAUCUUGAAUUCCCAAGGAGAAGAAUGGUGAUGAAAUUACAGACGGACUUCCUCCAUAAACGACGCUUGGCGCUCGAGAAAUACCUCCGCGAAAUUUUGCUCUUACCAGAGGUGUGCCACAGCAGGGACCUCCGUGCCUUCCUAUCUCAGAGCGCUAUUAUGCCGAACACUGUCGAUCUCUAUGAGAACGAAGACAAGAAAGACAUGGUGACAAGAUUCUACAACUCGGUUACGGAUGGCAUGGAAGACAUCUUAGGGAACAUUCCAGUCCUGGAUCAACUCUCUAUUGCUGGUCAGAAUCUUCUCUCUGCUGCGACCAAUCAACUUAUCACAAUGCCAGCGACUAUUAGCGAGGACCCAUUGGCUGCUGCAGAGGCAGAAGCUGAGCUUAACGCCUUUGAGGAUCGAGAGCUGGAGCCAUUCGUCAAGCCCAUCUGCGAUAUAUUUCUAGAAGUCUUCGAGCUCAAUCGUGGCAAUAACUGGCUACGAGGCCGUGCAGUUGUCGUUGUCUUGCACCAGUUGCUUGGAGGGACCAUCGAACGCAAGGUCCGCGAGAAUGUGAAAGGUCUCCUCUCUGACGAAGCAAUCAUCAGAUACGUCAACCUGUUAAAGGACUCGAUGUGGCCUGGUGGGAAGCUCAAACGGGAUGGGAAACCUCGAACAGCAGCAGAAAAGACAAAGAGUCGCACAGAAGCAAGUCUCAUGCUUGCGACUCUUGUGCCCGAUUUAGCUGGAAGUGUGGUGGGAAGAGUGAAUGCACAGGCGGCAAGCCGAAGGAUAUUCGCUACUCUGAACAAUCCACGACUAAAUGCACAUCUAACAUUCACGUUGUUAGAUGAGAUCAUUGAUGUACUAUUCGGAGAGACACGCACAUAGAUGUAAAUGGGGGUUUAGCAUUGGCGUUUGGGAUAGGUACAGCUCAAGCUGCAUUUCACGGCGUUCACGACCCUUUACUGAGGCAACGGAUUUGCGACAUGAACAAUAAUACGUUAAUACCCUUCGACUGCUUGGUGUAUAUAGCCUCAUCCACAUUUAAUGCAAAUAUUGAGGUUCGAG